CUUGCCCACUUUUGAGCCGCGGUCUUUCGAAUUAGAUGAACUGUGCAAAAAACAAGUGUUUUUGUUUUCUUGUGUAAAAGUAUUGUGUUUUUAAGUAUUUAUUAAAAUAAUUUAAGUAAAAUAUGCCCAUAGAAGCCGAUGUGGAAGCCUUUCGAGUUUGGGCCACCAAACUUGGUUGCCCACAAGAAGCCAUGCCAAGUGAAGAUGCAUUGAAAUCGGUUUUUAAAUCUCGCCAAAGGGAUUUAUUUUGUAAUCUAAUGCGCCGAGUCCGCCCACGCCAAGAAGUUAAAGACAUUAGGGAGAACAUUCUCAUACAUAAAACGGAAAAAAUAAAGGGACAAGUUGUUUCGGUUUGUGAACGCUCCUUUUUGCCACAGGAAAUGCAAAAUCAACUUAAAAUGCAGGAUUUGAAAAAGAAACACAAUGAUAUGAAGCAGAAUUUGGAGGAACAUAAGAAGAAAUAUGAAACGCUGGGAGUUUCAAUUAAAACAAAAAAUAUACAAAUAGCAAAUAUGGGCAAUAAAUGUGAACAGCUUGAAGCCAGGGUCCAUAUCUUUGAUUUUAAAUCCAAGGCUUUGGAUAAAUGCCUCAAAAGAGAGGAAGAGAACAAGGAAAAAAUCUUAGCCACUAUGCCUGUGAUUCUAACCAAUGACAAUAAAAGCGAACAGAAGGCUAAUGAGGCGGUGCUAAAGGCUUUAAAAGAAUUGGAGGACUUUUAUACAUUAUCUGAACAAGGCAGUAACUAUCAAAUCUUGCAAGAGGCCAAGACCAAACUCUGGUCAAAUGUGCGUCAAAUUUUCAGUAAUAUACCCAACUUUCUUAUUUUCAAUACUAUUUUACGUUUAAAAGAGGAACAAUUGCAACACAUUAUGUCAUUGAAUAAGACCACUACUAAUGAUUCUCAUCUUGCUGCCCAUGGCAGUGUGGAACCUUUGUCAAAUUUCGAAAUUCAUUUUAUGAAAACACAAGCAAAUCUUUUAGGCAUAAUUGGCAAAUACUUGGCCGCUUGUCAGGAGCGUAAAAAUUUGGAACUGGAAUUUCCCAAAACGUAUGAGGAUUUCGAAGACAAACUGUUGGAAAAAGUUAAAAUAUUCAAUGCCGAUUUGGAUACGGAGCAAAGUGAAGAAAUAAUGCGAAAUUAUGUGGUGGAAUAUAAUUUUUUGAAUUUUAUAAAAGGUGAAAAUGAGUAUUUAGUACAACAAAUUGAGGCAUUGAAAGCGGAAAUAGAAUCCUCGCAAAAGUAUUUGGAAAAUCAUGAGGUCCUUCUCGGUUCCAUCAAAAAUGUCUAUGGUGAAAUAAGUGCUUCCGUAAAUCGCAUACAAUACGAUAUGAUGCAAUUGUCACAAAUCAAAGAUAGAAUCAUCUAUUCAAAGAAUAUCAUGAAACAUCAGUUGGAUGAUUUAGAGGCAUUGAUGGCCAACAACUCUCAUGUGAAAUCGAAUUUUAAGCCAGCCAAAAUGAAAGUCACCCAUAACAAUAUGUCCUUGUUGGGGGUGGACAGUUUUGAGAUGAGCACUGACAAUGUGUUCUGUAGUACCCAAUUGGAUUUCGAUGCAACCGUGUGUAAUUUAAACAACACAUCAUUGCGCCGCAGUUUUGGUGGAAAUGAUGUAACCUUAAUGCCAUCACAGGCACAAAAUACAAUUUUACCUUCACAUACCAUGGAGUUGACAACGUUUUGUGAAACUCCUAUGCAUCAUUUGAGUUGCAUGAACAAGGAGAGCUCCUAUUAUUUGACACCCAAUCCUUUGAUAACCGAAUCCAAUGAGCUCUCCUCAACUGUGCAAUUGGCCCCAGGUGUUUUGCUUACACCAUUUGGUGCCUUGCAGGAAGUACGCAAUCGUAUUUUGUGGGCCGACUCAAUUGCCCAACAUUCAAAUGAUUUAAAAUCCAAUGUGGACACAUUUUUGGUUGAGCCGCAACAAUACAAAUUGAAAGCCAAACAACAGCAUGAUCGGAUUAUUGAAAUUUUAGAUAAAAUCGAUGUUUGCUCAGUCAACACUCUACACAACCUACAAAAAUUGUCUAAAUUUUAUGAUUUCCUUAUUGAAAAUCCUUUGCGGCAUUUUAUACCUGCCACGAAAACCUACAACAAUCAGACCUAUGCAGACUAUGAAGGCGAACUUGUGAUGUAUGCACGCAUUGCCACCACUGGGAACUCUAUUAAGUGAUUGUCACAUUAUGCUGCAGCCACAUUAUGAUUUCAAAAGUGGUAGAGUAAGUUGUAAACUAUUUUAGCUUUUGAAAAAAACACCCCUUAAAAAACCAAUUAAAAAGAUAAAAACUGGCAAAAAUGCAUCUGAUUAGAUCUAA